GGAUGCCAAAGAACUUGCUUUGUUCCUAUGCGUUCAGAAAUAUGUUUCAUUUUCUUUUUCUAACCCUGCCUUUUAAAAUAUACCCAAAAUAGGGGUUUCAGAGGUUUUUUUAAAAAAAGGUUAAGAUGUGAACACGAUUUGUUGAUUAGUACUGAAAUAUAGUUUAGAACUACCGAGUGUUUCUAGCUAGAAGGAAAGGAUAACAUUGCAAUGGUUGUCAACACUUUCAGCUGCCAAAUCAGAGUUAGAUUAGAACCUACAAACUGAGUUCUUGGUAACAGGAGCACUGAGUGUUGCGAGGUUUAAAAUAGAUGUCAUAUGAUACCAAUUAUAACUCAGUGAAAUUUUGCAGUCCUAAGGAUCUAUACAGAGCAUAAGCCAAAAUGGAAGAUGGUCCUGUUUUCUAUGGCUUCAAAAACAUUUUUAUUACUAUGUUUGCUACUUUUUUUUUCUUCAAGCUUUUAAUUAAAGUUUUUUUGGCUCUCCUUACCCAUUUCUAUAUCGUCAAAGGAAAUAGAAAAGAAGCAGCUAGAAUAGCAGAAGAGAUCUAUGGUGGAAUUUCAGACUGCUGGGCUGAUCGCUCCCCACUUCAUGAAGCUGCGGCCCAGGGGCGCUUACUGGCUCUGAAGACUUUAAUUUCCCAGGGUGUCAAUGUGAACCUUCUGACACUUAACCAUGUCUCUUCCCUCCACGAGGCUUGCCUGGGAGGGCAUGUGGCCUGUGCGAGAGCCUUGCUGGAAAGUGGCGCACAGGUCAAUGGAGUGACAAUUCAUGGAGCUACACCACUCUUCAAUGCCUGCUGCAGUGGGAGUGCUGCCUGUGUUUCCAUGUUGCUGGAGCAUGGAGCCAGGGCCCAGCUUGACAUGCAUCUGUGCUCACCCAUCCAUGAGGCAGUGAAGAGAGGUCACAUAGAGUGCAUGGAGAUUCUGCUGGCAAAUAAUGUCAAUAUUGACCAAGAGUUGCCUCAUAUUGGGACUCCCCUGUAUGUGGCCUGUACCUACGAGAAGGAAGAUUGUCUGAAGAAGCUUCUGGAAUUAGGAGCCAAUCCUGAUCAGGGCCAAUGGCUGAACACCCCACUGCAUGCUGCAGCCAAGCAGUCCAACUUGGAGAUCAUCUACACACUGGUUGACUAUGGGGCUAACCUGAGGCUCAGAAAUGCACAGGGCAAAAUUCCACUUGAUCUGGCAGCUCCCAAAAGCAAUGUGGCACAGGCGCUUAUUCUCUGUGAAGGCCCACCUACUCUUUCUCAGCUCUGCCGCCUGCGCAUCCGGAAGUGCUUGGGACGAUCCUACCGUCAAACCAUCAACCAACUGCAUCUGCCUGAACCUCUGGAAAGAUUCCUCCUGUACCAGUAGGAGGAACUGUCUGCAGGAAGAUACUGGAAAUAAGUAGACUGUUUUCUGCACAUAGUAUAUUUAGUAUAGACAUUCAACAGCUAGACUCCCAAUAUCUUCUAAUGAGUUCAGCCAAUUAAGAGUAGCAAGCCAGCAAACUGAAACAUAUGGGAUAGGCAAACUGCUAAUUAGCUUAGUAUUCUCAUUAACCAAGGGAGCAGCCAGAAACCUUUUAAUUAUUAACUGUCUAAGUAACAAUUCUUCUUUUUUUAAAAAAAUUCUUCUUAACACUAUAAAGUAGUGAAUUAGGUUCCUCUAGUAUCUAAGAGACAACAUUUCUGAUUAUUAAGUCCAGUGCCUAAGAUUUUAAUGAAUAUGAAGUAUUCCAGAGUGUGUCAUUGAUUUACUUCUCUCCUAUUACAGCUCUUUGUUUUUAUUCCUAGAAUAAAUCUCUGCUAUGA